AGCUCAAGUUGCCAACUUUGAACAUUCACUCGACGAAUGCCACACACCCCACGAACACCUCCAUUCUCGACGACUGACGACUCGCUCCGAUUGCCCCCCUCUUUCCAUCGACGACUUCAGAUCGAUAAUUACAAACCCAUACUUCAAAAAUGGAAUUCGGUACAUCGGGUUGCCUGAGCGAAGAUGGCAUCCAUGUUGAUAUGGACCGGUUGAAGAAGGGUGAGGUCAACUUGGGUACCUCGAUUAUGGCGAUCACAUUCAAAGACGGCGUUAUCCUCGGAGCCGAUUCCCGCACAACGACUGGCGCAUACAUUGCCAACCGUGUAACCGACAAGCUCACCAGAGUACACGACACAAUCUGGUGCUGCCGAUCCGGGUCCGCCGCCGACACCCAAGCCGUCGCCGACAUUGUGCAAUACCAGCUUGGGCUCUUCCACAUGAUGAACGGCAAGCCCCCCACGACACAGACGGCGGCGGCCAUCUUCCAGGAGAUGUGCUAUGCGAACAAGGAUAGGCUCUCGGCCGGUCUCAUUAUUGCGGGUUGGGACGAGCGUCACGGCGGUCAGGUCUACAGCAUCCCCCUCGGCGGGUCGCUCCACAAGCAACCAUAUGCCAUUGGUGGUUCUGGCUCGACGUACAUUUACGGUUACUGCGACGCCAACUGGAAAGAGGGCAUGGAGGAGGCGGAUGCGGUCAACUUUGUCAAGGAGUCGUUGAAGGAGGCCAUCAAGUGGGAUGGUAGCUCGGGUGGUGUGAUUCGUAUGGUGGUGUUAACGGCCAAGGGCGCGGACAGACAUCUGUACCUACCAGAUACGGAUUACAAGGUCAGACAUGAGAACUGAGUGCGUGUGACUAGGGGUAAGGAUGGGGGCAGAAGACAGCCAAUCAGAACGGGAUGCAUUGUUCGGUGCUUGCGAGGUGACGACAUGACCGGGCUGGAUGAUGGAUAUGUAUAGUAAUGCCAUUCCAUUUCGGAUUCGAAAAAGGCAUCAUAGGGAGAUGGGUGUUUUGUCUCUGUGUGUAUGGUGUUCUCAAGAAAGCCUCUGAAAAAGAGUAUG